AGUAUUUUCGAGACACUCUAAGAGGUUUAACAGGGACACCGCCCACACCACUAAAUGUAGCGGCUCUGUGUCACCUCACAGCAGUCCUGAUCUUCCUGCCAUACUACAGACGGAGCAGCAAGGUGGAAACAAAAAGGAGAGGCAGGAAGACUUUAACAUCGCCCUCAGGUCCCGCACUAUCUGUCCUUUCCAUGAGCCGGCAGAUGGGAGAGGCAGGAACACGUCUCCGCGCCACAAACACACACCAGCCUAUUUUAAGGUCACUUGUAAGUCGAGGCAUUCGCAGGGUAGCACCCAGCGUGAUAGCACCAGAUAUUUUGAAUUUUCCUCACUUUGGAUUGCGCCCAAUGAUUGCACAGCUUUAGACAGGAUUAUGUGUGCAAAGCCUUACAAGCAGCGCCUGGUUUUGACUCUCCGUCUGAUCGUUAUAAUAAAAUGAUCUUCAGUUUGACGUUCUCUGUUAGGGGAAAUGUUGCCUAAAAGUACUUCAAAGCCUGUUCUCCCUGGGAAAAAAAUUGUUUUAUUAUUAAAUCCUGACAUGACUGAUGGUCUAUAUCCCUAUAUUCGGUUUGUUACCUCACCCCUCAGAGGGAGCACCUUUAAGGUAAGCUGAGGGGUGAUGUCCAGGACCUUGAUCUGGACAUGCAGGGGAGUUUGGGGUCCUGCAGAGGCGGCAUAUUAUCUCCCCCUGAAGCACAGGCUAGAGGGGCCACUGGGGCCAUGCCCUAUCAUACAGGCAGGUCACUUGACUCCAUUGCCCUCACUUGAUUAUGUGAGCCCUUCCUGCAGGCAAUCCUCUUUCACAGAGGGGACCUGGAGAGAUUCAGGUACUCAUCUGCUCAUCUCCCAGUUAUUAUUCAUUAUCUCCCCCAGCUGAGCUCAGACCCUGACCUGACCUCAUGGCAAACCUGGACACACCAAGGUUUGGUGUCAGGCUCAUAAGCUAAACAUGUGGUGAGGAUCAGGAAGCAUGCACGAAAAACAGUUGAGUAAUGAUUUGAUAAUGCUGUCAUUUUAAGUUUAAACCUUGCGUAACUAAAUUGUCGCGGCUUCCUUUCUUUGUUUCCAUCAAGCCACUUAGACGCCUUAAAGGGACCGUUUUAACACAUUCAUUUGUUUACCUCAAAGUUGUUUGGCUUCAGAUGAUGUGUUAGGCCUUUACUUUAAUAGUCAAACAAGGCAAAACUCAAAUAUAACAAAAAAAACUACUUAAAUCGUCUUUCUUUCUUGACGUUGUGCAGGAUCAUUUAACUUAAUGGUUAAAAACUGUGUCUCGAUGGCGUCUUUCACACAGGUUGCCCAUCUCUGUGUCUCUUAAGAGGCUGAUAGUAUAUUUUAUAAUGAGGUUAAUAUUUGGCCUUUUUUACAAAAACAAAAUACUGGCUGUAACACUUGAACCACUUUAAGAUUUGAAAGGAGAUAAAUAAAAUCAUAUUUUCUGAAAAUACCCUGAACAAGACAACCUUGAAAAAUACAGUUAGUCUGAAAUGUAAAUGAAUCUGUAUGAUUUGUUUCUGAUGUGAGGUGAGUGCACUUGAAGUCAGCGGUGGCAAAGUAUAUUUCUUCUCCCAUAUCUCCUCCUCCGAGGUGCCGCGGGAUACGAAAUGUGUCUCCCUGAUGGCGAAAACAGCCACAGAGAAGGCCUGUGAAGCAGCUGCAGCGAGAGGUAAAUGGGAUCUUCAGGCCUUCAUCACAAGGGAGAGCCUGUGGCCACUCUGCAGUUGCUCACCCAAAACUACAAAGACUGAUUCUCGGAUAACUAAAUGAAGAACCUGUCAGUACAAUGAUAUACAAUAAGAUGUUUCCCCACUUUCUCUGAAUAUAAGCAUACAGUACGUUCUUCAAAGCUUGCAACAGGUCAGCCCUCUUUGCCUGUUAUCUUAUCACUGAGAUAGAGAGAGAUUUCCUCUUUGUGUUACAGCAGCUGCUAUGUUUUGAUGUCGCCCCGUAUCUUCUGUCGCGUGGUGCGGGGCAAAGGAUUUGGGAGAUAGUUCUGACCUCACUGGGGAUUUCUUAUUAGUUUCCAAACAUCGUAAACCAGAAAAGGAAGACGGACCUGAUAUCACAACUCUUGUGGAAAGAGUUUAUUCUAAUUCAGGCGCGGAAACACGUCAGGGCCAAAAAAAGGAAGUGGGAGGUGAAACCGAGACCGCAACACUGCCGGAUGCCGCAGUGGAACUUGAACCAAAAUACUCGACAUAGUGACAGGACAGGGGGAGGGGCAUGCAGUGUGGGUAAAGGGAACUUGCUGUCUGUGUAAUUGUUUAUCAUAUUUCCAUUGACCACUCUCACCUCAAUUGGAAACAUCGAUGUGCUUUCACUUCCUUGAUUGAUUAUUUUUUAAGUAAAAGCAGCUCUAACACAUGUUGAAGUGUCCUUGAGUGUAACUUUGGGAGGAUGAACCCGUUUUGAACUUUGGACGGUUGCAUAACAGGCCUACCUGGUAGGUCUGCAGAGGAUGGUACAGAUAAACUUUUCAACCCUUUUGACGAGGAGAUACUUUUCAGACUUGCACGGGUCUUUGUAGAGGGUGGGUCAGAGUACCCCCCAUGAGGAAUAUUGGUUUCUAACCAGCAACUCUCCUCUGGGAGGGGUUUGUAUCAAUACCCCAGAUGUCUGGAAAAGGCUGGAUUUACAUGAGAGACUUUGAUGUUCUGAUGAUCAAUCUUUAGUUGGUGGUUUGCAUUGACCCUGAUUUGGUGUCUCAUCAGUGGGCUAGGCAGGAGUAGGUAAUGGAGGUUUUUUGUUCCUUUGGUGGUUAAGCCAGCCUUGGUAAACCCCUAUGUGCCCUCCCGAUGAACUCUGGGAGAUCAUUGAUCAAAUUGUCCUGCAUCUGCUUUGUUUGCUUCCCCGACUUAACAGUCAAAGCAGCCGCGUCCACAAACAAAACAACCAAAACAAUGCACACAGUUAGUCCGGCGGUCCGUUGCUUUUCAACAAAUGUUAAGUAUCCUUCAGUGUGAAUAUCGCUUCUUGACCUUGAUCUUAUUUGACUUAUGAAAUCACAUUUUUAACAAUUGGCAAGGGUAUUAUAAUUCUACACUCAUUGUGAGGCAUGCCAACUGGGAGAACAUUCUUCCAAAAACCACCUACUUGAAUCCAUCAGUACACCAUUGAAAUGCCAAGAUGUGUACUUCCAAAUACACUGUGCAUUUUUUUCACCUCCUUUAUAUUUCGGAGAUAUUCUGCCAAAACAUCUGGGUUUUUGCCUCUCAGCUUCCUUGAAUGUGUUUAUUUUUACUCCAAAUGUCAGGAGAGUUGAAAUAUUGUGAUUAAGAAAAACUGACAGCUGUAGUUCAACGAGGCACAGUAUAUUGCAUCUCUGGAAAAAAUAAAUAACUUCUCACAUCCCCUGAUGAUAAGGCAAAUGCAUUUAAUAUUUCCUUAAUGUAUUCAAACUUACAUUAAUUAAAAGGAAUUUGUAUAAUCAAUUAAAUUGCCUAACCGGCGCUUAGUGAUCUAAUAUGCAUUCUGACUCGAGUCUCUAUUCUUCUUUUCUCGCUGCUGCUGCUGGAGAAGUGCGGAAGAUUUAUUUCACGGGGGACUUCCUGGAGUUCAUCACUUGUUGUGAGCAGAGGCCAAAUGGAUUUGGGUGUGACAUCCAAAGCAUGCUCUGCUGACCACUUUGCACGUGUAUUCUCUGUUUGUCUGACCCCAACAGACUCAUUCAGAGCUCUGUAGUCCACCUGGAGGUUUGAAUCAUGCCUCUGAAUGAAUAUACUUAUUUAAUACACUUGUUUUUUUGGCUUAAGUAAACGUCUGUCUCCAAGAACAUCAUUCACAAAUGAGAAACAGUGAAUUUUAAAAUGCGCCUUUUGACCUUUAAACAUUAAGGUACCCGGUCGGGCUUGUAUCUGAAAAAAAUGUUUUUCCUUUCCUAAUAAUAACACUGAAAAGAAAAACAUUAUCCAGACAAAUAGCAAUGAUGGGUAGGGUAACAACGCUCACUUUUAACUAAUGCAAAACUGGACUAAAAAAGAAAUGAAGCAACAUAUUUUUACGGAUGAUGUGAUGACACAAAUGUGUUUUCAUUGGAUAUGCGUUAAUCUUUCUUUAACUGAAUUCAUAUUAGAGAUUCUCCAAAUUCAAAAUGUAGAUGCUUUUCAAAUAAAAGGCUGUAGUAUGAAAAGUCAUAGUUCGGAAAUAUGGAGAUUUGUUUGGGAUUAAAACACCUGCAGAUUGAUAAACCAUAUACAUACUGUAUAUAAUACUUCUCACCAUUACAGUGAUCAUAAUAUCAAGAGAUGUUUCCUUUACAACAUCAUGUAAAAUAAUGGAUGUGCAGUUACUGUUGGGAUAAUUAGAAUAAUGUUUAUCUAUUCAUAUAUCUAACUAACAGCAAGGAACAUCAGUUGUAGUCUUCCCCCAUGAAGCCUGGAAAAACUGAACUAAUUUGACUAUAUAUCCGCAGUGCCUGGGCAGUUUUCCACUUUAAAACAAGCCUGUGCUUCCAUGGAAUCCCGGUAUGCAAAAGAGGCCCGGACGCUGCAGUCAAAGAGAUUAAACGCCACAACAAACACAGAGGGCCAGGCCCAGGUGAUCAGAUCACAGUCGAGGAAAUAAACCUGCAACAGGUAGGUGUUCCAACUUUCCGGCGAGGCGCCGCAGUACAGUGAGUCCUUAUCACGCUGACCUGAGGGAUUUCUCUCAUUUGAUUAAACCCAUAAACACUUUUUCCACGGCUCUCCCACUGAACUGAUCAACCCCUGCAACUUCAUGAGGUAGACAAAAAAAACAGGAACAGCACAUAAUGUGAUGCAAAUGAUGCAAUAAACUGCUAUAAAUAUACUACCUCUUAUGCGUAAUGUGUGACGCAGUAGGUCAUGUUAUUGUUCUGCAUUACAUUAUGAUGUCAGGAUUACCUGUUUUUAGUCCAAACCAAUCAUACAUUCCUGUUUGUCAUGCAGUGGUAUAGACAAUAGAGGCUUUUACAUACUGUAUGUUAGCACAUAUGCUUUCCAUAGCUGUGGAAAUUGUUCCUGAAAUGUAUAUUUCAAAAGAUGUUCACCUUUUGACCUUUGUUUCUAAAGCAGUUUGUUGAAAUAUAUCAAACUGUUUAUAUGCGGUGAAUAUCUGUUGUGUCCCCUUUAAUGAAUGUAUUUUUCACUUGAAUGUUUAAUUAUUAAUAGAUAAUGCUUACAACUAUAACAGCCUCUUAACCUGUGCAAAAUUGAAUUCCAGCUUUCACAUUUGACAAGCUAAAAACUGACAGAAUGUAAGUAUAAAAACAUUAAAUUGGUGAUUAAAAUGGCCUGAUAAACGAUGUACAUACUCUAUGUUGAUUGACAUUUAGCUCCAAAUACGUGAACAGCUAAAACUCAAGAAAAAAUCACUCAUAUCUUGUUCCUUCUGACCUGGAUUAAUGUGCUAACAGUGAUUCAGAGAACUACUUUUAGCACAUUUAUGCACAUUUAAGGAGUGAGUCAGUUAAGGCAGAUGAUUAAGCCAACAUAGAAAAUCUUUCUUUGGUCGGACAUUUUUUUUUUUAAGUCUGUGAGGAUCAUUGUUGUCUAUUUUGUUGAUUCAAGGCACAAUACUGUUUACAAGACAUCCUGAGAGGAACCUACUCUAUCUGCCCGCUGGUAUGACUGCUAUGAUAAAACACACACACACACACACACUGAGGACUUGCCUGUGGUGAUGAGCCACACCAGAUCACUGGCUGCUGUGUUUGUGUUAGCCCCCUAAACACAGAGCAUGAUUCAGACUAAUUCUCCCACACACUCUGUUUACACUUCUGGUUCAUUGAGGUACUAUUAAUUUCUCAGUUCUGAAUAUUCAGGCACUGACAUUUCAUUCAAUAUUUUCUGUGAGAUUUGCAAAGGCCUGUGCUUCAUGUUGGUACAGCUACAGCAGAAAGUGCAUAGCCUACUCCCAACCUAGUUAAUCCCUGCUAGACUUUUAAUGAGGAGUGCAGAGUGUGAUAGUGAGUUGAAAGCAGUGAGCAACCCCAACGAUUUUAAGUCUUCUUUUUUUCUUUUUCUUUUUAAAAUAACUCUAUUCAAAAGGAUAUAAAGUCAACCACUGUGUGAUGUUGUUUCUUUUUCACAAGUUGGCAAAUAAGUAAAAACGCGACCCAUGACGCUCCAUCCACUGUCAUCUCUUCUGUGGCUUCCGAACACUUUUCCACUUGUGCUUCACCCGGAACUCACAUGUCCAAAUACAGACAGAAAGGGGCGGGGCCGGACACUGCCCUUAUUUGGAGUUCCACUUAAGCGGUCACUUUGGCUUCAAGUCAAAGCAAGCCUUCGGAUUUACAGUGCGCUGCUUGCAAUAUUUACAAGUGAUUAACUCCGUCAAUUACUGUCUUUGUUAAGUGUUGCUGCUUGAAGAAGACGGUUUCCAACAGUUGUUCUGCAAUACAGGACGGAUAGUAGGAUAGGACAGUUUGAACAUUCACUAAAAGCAACAAAAAAGCAUAUUAGCUUAUACAAAUUAUUUUUCUUUAGUCUUAUUUGGGCAAAACGUAUUUAAAAGAAAGGCCAACACAUAGAAAUAUUUCAAUAUGUGUAUGACCAAACAGUAUAAGGCCUUUAAUGACUUAAAGUAUUUUAAUUGUUUACGACAACAGCCUCUUUCUCUGUCUCUCCGUCUCACACUGUCUCUCACUCGCACACACACAGCUGCAUAAAAAGCUCCCAGUGUGCGUGAUAGUCCACAAUGGACAUCAUAAUGCCUGAUAAUAAUACAGAUAACAGCUGUUGAAUCCCUCUAAUGUUUUCCACAAGGACAGGAACAGAGGAGAAUCGUCCCGGAGAGGGACGCAUCUGGAGCAGCAGUGAAGAUUUGGUAAACUUCUGUGGCUCGCUAUCUAUCGGAGCCUUUUGCCUCCACUGUAGUUUCCACAGCCUGACGCGCGGAGAGCAUGGGUGCUGGGCGCUCUGUCCAUAUUUGGUCAUCUACGUCACGCAAAUGUUCCAUCCCCCUAUUUAAUACAGGCAGACUGGAGUCCCCUAUCCAGCUCCAAUAGAGCAAGUAGAGCUGCUCUUGUGCAACCAACACCACCACCACCUCCUCCAUUGAUUCACAGACUUCACAUUCCCCCACAAGCAGCCCAUCAGCUUCCACAGUGAUCAGAUUAAUAACAACAGUAGCCUGUGAUCACACAGGAGGAGAUACCCGGCGCUGCUCGUCCUCCGCGGGAUACUUGGAUACAGCAACAGGAUCCAUCCCUGCUCCUCUCCUCUUUUUUCUCUGAUCCACACCUGUGUUUUCCACUUUUGAGAACACCCGCUGUGUUUUUUUCUGAGUAACUACUUGGAUACCUGCGAGUUGUCCUUUUUAUAAAUGUCGGACUGACUAUAACUGCUAUGACAGGGAAACUAGCGGAGAAGCUCCCUCUUACGAUGAGCAGUUUAAUAAACACGAUCCCUGACAGUCUCUACCCAGAAGAGGACAUCCCGACGUCUAUGAAUAUUUUCACCAGUACGGAAUCUAUUAACCACUAUUCACAGAUGAAUACAGAUAACAUCAUGGAUCUGGGCAUGGGAGGCGAGAAAGCAUCCGCAGAGAUUCAGUAUGGAUCCAGCUUCCAGUCCAACCGCAGCGGGCAGACUGUCACCUAUCUGGGGAAGUUUGCCUUUGACACUCCUCCGUCAGGGGGCCUCGGGGGCUCCGGGUGGUGCUCUGAUAACAACAUCAUCAGUCUUGUCAGCGCGGGGAUCCUGGGUGUCUCUCCAUCACCCGGCACGGUCACGUCGCAGACAUCGUCCUCCGCAGCCAGCAUGGGCGGACAGACGUCAGACAUGGAUCAGGUGUACGGUCCUCCGCUGCCUGCCUACUCCACCUGCGGCGACCUGUACCAGGACCAGGUCUCCUUCCACCACAGCCCGGCCACCAGCAGCGGACUCGCCUACCCGGGCAAUGACUACCACUCCACAUCUAAAGCCUCCAUGGAUGGCAGCCUUUUCUCCAUGAUCCCCGACUACAACCUUUUCCACCAUCAGGGGGAUGUUGGCGUGAUGGAGCACAAGCCCUUCCAGAGCAUGGACCCCAUCCGAGUCAACCCUCCUCCCAUCACACCCCUGGAGACCAUCAGGGCGUUCAAAGAUAAGCAGCAGAUGCACCCAGGUUUCCACGGGGGGCAACAGCACCCUCCUCAGCACCACCCACCCCCACAGACUCUCACCCUCAAACCCAUACGACCUCGGAAGUACCCCAACCGUCCCAGCAAGACCCCUGUCCACGAGCGGCCGCACGCCUGCCCGGCGGAGAACUGUGACAGACGCUUCUCACGCUCAGACGAGCUCACACGUCACCUUCGCAUCCACACAGGUCACAAACCCUUCCAGUGCCGAAUAUGCAUGCGCUCCUUCAGCCGGAGCGACCACCUGACCACACACAUCCGCACACACACCGGCGAGAAGCCCUUCUCCUGUGAGUUCUGUGGACGCAAGUUUGCCAGGAGUGACGAGAGAAAGAGACACUCAAAGGUUCACCUGAAACAGAAGGACAAGAAGCCGGCUGAUAAGAGCAGUGGGGUGGCUGGGAGCCACAGCUCGCCCCCCAGCUCCUGUGGGGGGCCGACAGGGGGAACGUCAUGACCGUCACUACACACACUUGGACUGGACCCUCACCAUGCCCCAUAAAGAGACUUGGGAAGACGGGAUCACGUCCGCUAUGAGAUAAAUAGGUGACUCUUUUACACUCUUUUACAUCCCCCGCUCUUAUUUCCAUAGUUCCUUCUAUUUUGAGAUGGAUGAGUUUUAGUUUAAGAAAAAAAGGAGAAAGGCUGCUACACCCUUCUCUCUCAGCUACUGUAACACAAAGAAGGGCCCCUUGGCACAUGCUGUCCACAAGGUCACUUCAUAUAGGUUUGUGGGCUGGAUACACUUUUGUCAAUUUUACUGAGAAUUUCUAAAUUGAAAGGAAGCCAAGGGUCAAAAAACUAAAUUAAAUGGAGCUUAUUUAAAGGGUGAGUUGUCUGGGAUGUAUGCAUUUAUUUUAUUAGGCUGUUUUAAAAAAGUGCAAUUGGUUAUAUUUGUGUACUGUCAUGGAUACCUUAUUAGUGGCACUUGACGGUCUUUUUGUUGUAUUUUGUUGAGGUGUCGUGUUUUUUUAUUUUCUAUUUGAAUGUUGUUUUCUCAAAAUGUGCCAAAUGUAUUGUGGUGACAGAGCCAACCUUGUUUUUUUAUUAUUGUGCCUGACAUCUGCCAAACAUAACAGUGAUAUCAGCUUAGCACACAUGUUGAUUUAACGGAAAGAUCAGAUUCAAAUAGAUUUACCUGCACAAAUUGGUUAAGUCUACAUAAUGACUGAAUGGGUUACACAAAGCAAACCGAUGUCUUGUCUUGUUACUUGUACUUAUAAAACAAACAUGCCUGCAGCAAUCAAUGCCUCUGCCAAUACUUUAUUUAUUUGUAGUCACUGAGAGACACUGUGUAUUUGUGUUGCCUUUUUUUAUACGGUGGCUUUAUGUGGCGUUACCAGAUAUCAUUUCUUUUUUAAAAGCUCACCAAUACUGUUCAUUUUUCUUGAGUUCUGCAAUUAUAUGCAAUAUAUUCAUUACAUGUGCCACAACCCGUAAAUCAGAUGAACCAAGAGCACAGUUAGACAGACUGAACUAUUUAAAUAAAUAACACUGGGUUGUAAACCAGCAGUAUAUCAAAGCAAAGAGGAAUGAAGGAUUCACGGUGUAAAAAAGACUACUUGGUAUAAAUCACCUAAAUCUGACCAGCAUAUGGUAAGGGAAAAUGAAAAUGUCCAUAUCCAUGUUUACAUCUUUUGAAUACAGAGAGACUGAGUUGUGACUUAGGGACUUGUUGUUUUUGUACAGUAUACACACAUGUAUGCAGGUAGCUAUACAGUAGAAUUUUCAGUUUUGUACUCAAAUGUCAAAUGCACCAUAACUCAGUAUUAAAUUGUGCAUAUAUGUGCAUGCCUUCAUGCAUACUAUGUAAAUACAAAUGACUGCAUAAACAAGAACUCUCAAUUGACUGAAUGCUUGUGGGAAUGUGUCUUAAAGCUUUUAGUAAUGUAGUUAUAAUACGGAAUAUUUUGUUGUCAUAGGUUAUUUCAAAACAUUUUAGAGCACUGCAAUAGUGCCAAAUAUGGUGUAUUAUCUUCCAUGAAAGAAAAAAAAACAAUAAUAGCAUUUGUAAGUGGUUUAAGGAAGCACUAAUGUGUUCUCUGAAUAAACAGAAAGACUUUUUACAUUUUGUUUAUCUCCAUUAUAGUAGCAAUCAGUUCAAUUAACACAUCUUCCCAAUUUCUUAGCAAACACUGGUUACUCUCAGAUGGACAGAAGACUAAAUGACUAGAUUAUUUCUAAAACCAAAUCCAUUAUAGGGCAAUGCCAAUAUUGGUCCGUCUCUAAUUGUUCAUUUGUCCUGAUUUGAAAUAAUAACUAUUCCAUCAUUCUAUGAAACAUGUUGUGUACGCUUAUCUCCUCUGUGAGCUUCUAUGGGAUCUUAACAUUUUUAUUAUAAUGAUAUUUACAACAAUGAAUACAUUAUAUGCUUAGAAAAGCAUAUUCCCUUUCUCUUAAAAAUAUGGCUUUUUUGGCAGUCCAAAAAUGCUAUUUGGCCCAUUGGAUUAAAAAUGUGAGGUGUUAUAAUAAGCUUAUCCAUGUUUUAAUAUAGUUUCUGAUGUAGCCUACUUGGACCAACAAUAUUUCUGGUUAUUAGUUGUGCUCUCUAACUACUAAAAAAGUGUAUGCCCUAUUCCAAGCUUGAAAAAAAAAACAUAUUAUACCAGUCAGUAGACACGGCAAUCAGACUUAAAGAGAAUAUCGACUGAUAAAUGCAAAGGCCAGAGGAAGGGUUCAGGAAAGCAAUGCCACAGAGAACACAGGGCACACAGAAGGCCAUGUUUCCCCCUCCUGUAACAACCAGUUUCACUGCUGAGCUUCCUGGCAACUUUCCACUUCUUUUCCAAUUAAUUUGGCCUCAGAGAGCCUCAACUCAUCUACAUGGAUAAAUGAACAGAGCUCCUUGCACUUUUUCAAGUAGUUUAAAAGACCAUGCACCCUGUAACAUCUAAAUGUAAAUCGAUAGUUUUGUAUUAUGAAAAUUAAUUGUUUUGCAUGGAUGGCAAACCAAACUUUUCUCAGCUUAACUCAACUGAAAUCCCAAACUACCAAACUGAAAAUAUAAUUUCUUUCACAUUACACAACAUUUCUUAUGUCUGAUUCCAGAUAAUUCGCUAAAAAACAACUAAGAUUAAAACAUUACUUGUGGAUUUGCCGAAAUCUUGCAAUGGGUAACAGACUCUAAUAUAAACAUCGUGUAGCAGACAGCCUCGUGGAGUUAACUCAAAUAAAUAUAUAUAUAUAGAACGUACACGAGUUGAUAGGAAAUACGAAAUGUUUAUCUGGAAUAAUUUGAUGUUAGACAUUGUUCAUGAUAGACCUUGAAUCUUUUUUGAUUUAUUUGACCAAAAAUGUUGCUCUUGUGUGCUCUUGAUUUGACACUCUGCUGGUGAGAAUGGGUGUUUUUAACUAUAAUAUAUAGGAUGUGGCCUCCUCUGAGAGAAAACUGUGUUUAUGUUUUGCUUUGUGUUGAGGAAUGAUGCAGGGUAAGGUGGAGACUACACCAAACCAUUUCCACAUCUAAAUGAAGCCAUGUAAUUACCACUUUGCAAACUCAAUAUUUCAUCGUUCAUAUCCUCUCACUGUGUUUGUCACUUUUGUUUGGUGACACUUUUAUAAUGGACAGAAAGGUUUUGUAAAAAAGUAUAUGAUCCCCCCUCCAUCCCACUCCUUGAAUAUAGCUUGGUGGUUGAACAAUACAGACUGCACCGUGUUCUGCUGAACAAUAACUCUGUGUAAUGUGUGAAUGCUGUAGAAACAACCCCCUCUUAAUAAUGCUUCUCUAAGAAUAAUUUAUAUUAUGCUUUUUUCAUGUUUUACUGUCCAAAAGUGGGCGGCUGAAACGCUCUGAAAUUGGAAUUUGCCUCAUCCUCGUUCUCUGCUCCAUGUUGGAUCUGAGCCAACAUCUGCAGCCAUCUUUGUGCCAAACUGGGUUGCAGGGUUGGCUGAUCAAAAACAAUAUGAGAUGAGAACUCCACAGGAGAAACAAAUCAUAAAUGUGACCUCAGUCUGCUUGCAGUUGAAGGCAGCCUUGUGCUAAUGUUUGUGUUUAACCGUUUGAUUUAGUCUCCGUGAAGUUGGCCUUGGGCACGGCAAUAGGCUUGGGCUCAUUCGUGACAAUUAAUAAUUACAAGAUUUUAAAAAAAUACUCAUCUUUUUAAGAGAUUUCCAUCAUGUGUGUAGAUAUAGGCUACUCAUGUCAUCUUAUGGACAACAGGGUGGCUUCAGGGAUUUUGUGGUCUUCAACAGUGACACUAUGGUGUUCAGAUGGAGUCGAUACUCACUGUUUUCUGUUGUGUUGUGUUUUCCUUUUCAUUACAGUAUAUCCUCAUGUUUGCAUGUGCACGGAAAUGUUCCAAAGUGCUGCCCUACGAUGCGGUGGGUGGUGCUCAUUUCUUUAUUAUGCAUGAAAAUAAUUCACAUUUGGUGAAACGGGAUAACAACAAUUCAAGACGGACAAUUGAAAACACACACUGGGAUAACUGUUCUGUUGGCUUUUUUUUCUCAAGAAAACAAGGGGUCUUGUUUAAAAUGUUGUUGAUGUCUUUAGCCUAUUUCAUGUUUUUAUUACCUUAUAAUAAGGUCAUUUUAUGAUGAGCUGAAUAUUGAAAUGAAUUUUACUAUAUCCUUGUGAUGGGGAGAUGUGCUCCCCUGUUUACUUGGCACUUCAGUUUGUUGUAAUGCAACUGUUUUGUUAUUUCUAUGUAAGUACUUGAAUAAAGAAAAAUAUCACUUGC